AUGAAGAAUCAUUGAAUUCCCCCCAACAAAUCCUUUAUAUGUUCACCAACCUCAUCUGCAAUGCUAUUCCUUCUCAUUUAUGAAGCUCAACCCAACUAGACCCCACUUUGCUUUUGACUUUUCCUUUCAAGUCAUAAUACUGGCCUGCAUGUUGCACUGUAUCUGCCUCUUUCAUUAAAUGGAAAAAGAAAAUACAUGGUUUUUCUUCUUAAGAAUCUAGUUGCAGCUAAAAAGUUCUGCAACAAAUAUAAAGCCCCAUAGCUUUCUCAUAGUCCAGAGUUUUGUGAAAGACAAUAGUAUCUUGCUUCUUGUGUUGCAUGCAUUGGACUAGUAGCUGUGUAGGCUUGAAGCUUUGUUCUUCUACUCCAUGUCUUGCAUGGUUGUAUUGUAUCAUUAUGGGCUCCACUGUGUAGCAGAAGAUACUGUUUCCCAUAUAUGCUCAUGGAGAUUUGUAGUGUAGAAAAGCUAUGCUCAUUCUGGAUUUGAACUUCUGAGAGGGCAUUUCCCAAGGGUGUUGGGGAUUUUGGGGAAGCUGUGUUGUAUGUAUCACUUGAGUCUCAGUAUCUGAUGGGGCUGGGGGUAUUUGGUUCUGUUCUAAUUCUGACACUCUUCUUCAAGCAUUUAGCUUCCCAGCAACCAAAUACUGAUGAUUUCUUUGUGUCUGAGUUCUUGAAGAAGAUGGUUAUAGCAUCACCCCACACCUACAACUUUUCUUCUUCUGUUUGUUCAUGGAAAGAGGUUACCUGUGAUGCCAAGAGAGAGCAUGUUGUUGAGUUAGUUGUUUCUGGUAUGGGCCUCUCUGGUCCUAUUCCAGAUACCACCAUAGGCAAGCUCAGCAAGCUUCAACACUUGGACCUCAGCAACAACAAAAUCAGUGGCUUGCCUUCAGAUUUCUGGAGUUUAACCUUGCUCAAGAGCCUGAACCUCUCCUCCAAUCAGAUUUCUGGAGCAUUGACUAGCAACAUUGGAAACUUUGGUUUGCUCGAAAUGUUUGAUUUUUCCAGCAACAAUUUCUCUGGGGAAGUUCCUGAAGCAAUUGGUUCCUUGAAGAGUCUGAGGGUCCUCAAACUUGACCACAACAGGUUUGAACAAAGCAUACCAGCUGAAAUUUUGAAAUGCCAAUCUCUAGUUUCAAUUGAUCUGUCAUCAAACCAGCUAAGUGGGGAACUUCCAAAUGGUUUUGCUUCUGCUUUUCCUAAGCUUAUUACUUUGAACCUUGCUGGGAAUAAAAUAUUUGGAAGGGAUUCAGAUAUUUCUGGGUUAAAGUCCAUUGUGAGUCUCAAUAUAUCAGGCAAUGCAUUUCAGGGUUCUGUCAUGGGAGUGUUUCAAGGAAAGCUCAUAGUCAUGGACCUUAGCAGAAACCAAUUUCAAGGUCACAUUUCCCAGGUACAAUCCAUUAACAAUUCGUCUCAAUUAGUUUAUCUGGAUUUGUCAGAGAAUCAGCUUAGUGGGGAGAUUUUCCAAAAUUUGAAUGAAUACCGGAAUAUAAAGCACCUUAACCUUGCUCACAAUAGAUUUACCAGACAGAAAUUCCCCAAGAUUGAAAUGCUCUCAGGAUUGGAAUAUCUGAACUUGUCCCAUACUAGUCUGAUAGGUAGCAUUCCUGAUGAAAUCUCACAACUGAGUAAUUUGAAUGCACUUGAUAUUUCUAUGAAUCAUCUUAUAGGGGAAAUCCCUUUACUAGUGAACAAAAACCUCCAAGUUCUUGACCUUUCAAACAACAAUUUGAGUGGAGAAGUCCCUCCAUUAGUCUUAGAGAAACUCCCUAGGAUGAAGAAAUACAACUUCUCUUAUAAUAAUAACUUAACCAUCUGUCCUUCUGAAAUCAAACCAGUUAUCCUCCAAACAGCUUUUUUUGGAGUAGUGAAUAGUUGUCCGAUUGCUGCAAACCCAAGUCUUUUCAAAAAGAGAGACACUCUGCACAAGGGAAUGAAGCUAGGUCUGGCAUUGGCCCUCCCAAUGAUCUGUUUGGUUUCUGGACUUUUGUUUCUUCUAGCAUGUGGUUGCCUUAGGAAAAGAAAGUCGCGGCCAGUUAAGCAAACGUCACACAAAGAAGAACAAAACAUGUCAGGUCCCUUUUCAUUCCACACUGAUUCAACCACUUGGGUGGCUGAUGUUAAAGAAGCAACAUCGGUCCCGGUGGUAAUCUUUGAGAAACCACUGCUGAAUAUUACAUUUGCAGACCUCUUGUCAGCAACUUCAAAUUUUGAUAGGGGUACCCUUUUGGCUGAAGGGAAAUUUGGACCUGUUUAUAGAGGUUUUAUACCUGGUGGAAUUCAUGUAGCAGUUAAAGUUCUGGCCAUUGGAUCUACUAUGACAGAUAAAGAAGCUGCAAGAGAGCUAGAGUAUCUUGGUAGAAUCAAGCACCCCAAUCUUGUUCCUCUAACUGGAUAUUGCGUAGCUGGGGAUCAGAGAAUUGCCAUUUAUGAAUACAUGGAGAAUGGGAACCUGCAAAAUUUGCUGUAUGACUUGCCACUUGGGGUACUACAACAAAGGACAGAUGAUUGGAGCACAGAUGCAUGGGAAGAAGAUAACAACAGUAAUGGCAUUCAAAAUGAUGGCUCUGAAGGGUUGCUCACAACAUGGCGGUUCCGCCACAAAAUUGCUCUUGGCACUGCCAGAGCACUGGCAUUUCUGCAUCAUGGAUGCUCGCCGCCAAUCAUUCACAGGGAUGUCAAAGCUAGCAGUGUUUAUUUGGAUUACAACUUGGAACCAAGAUUGUCUGAUUUUGGGCUGGCUAAGAUUUUUGGGAGUGGCUUGGAUGAGGAGAUUGCACUUUGUACACCUGGUUAUGUUCCCCCUGAGUUUUCUCAACAAGAAUUUGACACCCCAAGUCCAAAAUCUGAUGUGUACUGUUUUGGGGUUGUUCUGUUUGAGAUUUUAACUGGGAAGAAGCCAGUGGGAGAUGAUUACCCUGAUGAGAAAAAAGGAACUUUGGUGAGCUGGGUCAGAGGACUGGUCAGAAAGAACAAAGUUUCAAGAGCUAUUGAUUCGAAAAUUCGUGACACAGGACCAGAAGAACAGAUGGAGGAAGCCCUUAAGAUUGGUUAUCUGUGCACUGCUGAUCUUCCCUCUAAGCGACCAAGCAUGCAGCAGAUAGUUGGACUUCUUAAAGAUAUUGAACCUUCUGCUAAUUAGCAUGAUGAAAAAGAACUUAUGUCGUUUUAUUUGAUUUUAUCCCCCCUUGUAGCCAAUGUAAAGCAGUUAUUAUUGAAGUUUUGUUAUCAUGUUCAUCUUGAUCUCUUUUGUUUCUACUUUCCUUCUUUAGUAGAUGAAGAAAACUUUGAUGAAUAUUUUCCAGAGCUUGAUGUUUGAACUAGAAUGUUAUUGCAAGUGCUUUUUCACCCACUUUACUUUA